AUGAGAAUCCACGCUGAUGCCUUCGCGGCGGCUCUAUCGCUCCUGGCCCCUUCGGCCCUUGCUGCACCCAAGAACGAUGUCGCUGGCCCUGAACUCAAACAUUGGCCCGCGGCUGCAGCCCGGUCGCUCAACGAGAUGAUUGCUAAGAACGCUCAUGCAGGACGUUACGCCGCAUUCGACAUGGACAACACAAGCUAUCAGUUUGAUCUGGAGGAGUCGCUUCUGCCGUUUCUUGAAAACAAAGGCAUCCUCACUCGAGACACUAUGGACCCAUCGCUGAAGCUGAUCCCGUUCAAGGACAGCAGCAACCACACUGAGUCGCUGUACAGCUACUAUAACCGCCUUUGCGAACUCGAUGACGCGGUCUGCUAUCCCUGGGUUGCGCAAAUCUUCAGCGGUAUCUCGCUGCGGAAUCUCAAAGGCUAUGUUGAUGAGCUCAUGUCGCUCAACAGCACUGUCCCCGCAAAAUACUAUGACGGUGAUGAAGUGAUAUCCACACAGAUUUCGCCGCCAAAAGUCUUCGCCGGUCAGGUGGAGUUGUACAAUAAGCUGAUGGCGAACGGGAUCGAGGUCUACGUAGUCAGCGCUGCCUCGGAAGAGCUUGUCCGCAUGGUGGCAUCAGACCCCAAGUACGGCUACAAUGUCAAGCCCGAAAAUGUCAUCGGGGUGACUUUGCUCAUGAAGAAUGCCACGGGCGACCUCACCACUGCCCGCAAGCAGAUUACAGAAGGCGACUAUGAUGAAAGUUUGAAUCUGGAUUCGGUGAUGACUCCAUUUCUGUGGACGCCAGCGACCUGGAAGGCGGGCAAGUGGGCUGCCAUCCUAACGUAUAUCGACGAAUGGAAGAAGCCUAUUCUUGUCGGAGGUGAUACCCCGGAUAGCGAUGGACCAAUGCUAUUUCAUGGUGUUGAUGUCGCUCGAGGGGGCAUCCAUUUGUGGGUGAACCGCAAAGAAAGUGCGAUGGAGGAAUUAAAUGAGAUGAUACAAGAACAUUCAGAGGCCCAGAGAAAGGAGGGAUUGAAAGUCACAGCAGAUAAAAAUUGGGUAAUUGUGAAGCCUGAGGACUUACAUUGA